CCACAAGAAAAUUGCAAAUGGGUAGAGAGAGAGAGAGAGAGAUGGGUGUAGGGGGUGAGGAAAGAGUAGGAAACUGGGUUGAUGAGUGCUUGUGGAUUCAAGGGAUCAGAGCUAAACUCCAAACAAAAUUCGGCAUGACAAAAGCCUUUUUUUAUUGAUUCUCUCCUCCCUCUCUGCUAUACAACCUCCCAACCACAGCCUUCUUCUCCUCCUCCUCCUCCUCUACUCCCAUUCUCUCUCUCUCUCUCUCUCUAUCUAUCUCUCUCUUAUCUUCUGUUCAGGACCACUCUCAUUCCGCUCUGUUUUCCUUCCGUCCCCAAGUCUCUUUCUUUCCUUCUAAACCUCUUUCACUCCCCAUUCAGAGAGAGAGAGAGAGAGAGAGAGAAACCAGUGCCUCCUCUCUCUCUAUCUCGGAACGAUUUCCUUCGUGAAGACCACUCUCUUCUCUGCUUUUUUCACUUUCAAAUUCUGUUCCCCUUCUGUCUUGAAUUUUUCUAGUCCCCAUUGACUUUGAGAGCGAGAGCGAGAGAGAGAGAGAGCCGUUUGUUUCUGCCAUGGACUCCCAACAUGAGCUAACGAAAUCCAAGUUCAGGAGGAUAUGUGUCUUCUGCGGCAGCAGCCCGGGGAAGAAGCCGAGCUAUCAGAUUGCUGCCACCCAACUGGGGAAGGAAUUGGUGGAGAGAAGCAUUGAUCUGGUGUAUGGUGGUGGCAGCAUUGGCUUGAUGGGCCUCGUCUCUCAAGCCGUUUAUGACGGUGGCCGACACGUGUUGGGGUACUACUCUCUUUCUCUCUCUACUACUCUCUCACUCACACGCACAUUCAUGCUCUCAUUCCUUUGUUGUCUUCAAUUUUUCCGACGCUACAGAGUGAUUCCCAAGACCCUCAUGCCUAGAGAGAUCACCGGCGUGACGGUGGGAGAGGUGAGACCCGUCUCAAAUAUGCACCAGAGAAAGGCAGAAAUGGCUCGCCAAGCCGACGCUUUCAUUGCACUGCCAGGUGGCUAUGGAACACUAGAAGAGCUGCUUGAAGUAAUCACAUGGGCUCAAUUGGGCAUUCACAAUAAACCGGUGGGGCUGUUGAACGUUGACGGAUAUUACAAUUCGCUGCUCUCCUUCGUGGACAAGGCCGUGGAUGAGGGCUUCAUAACACCUGCUGCCCGUCACAUCGUUGUGUCUGCCCCAACCGCCCACGAACUAAUCUGCAAGCUAGAGGAAUACGUGCCACUGCGCGAUGAAGUCACGUCGAAGCUGCAGUGGGAGAUAGAACAACUGGGAUACUCCAACAAAUCGGAGAUUGCACACUGACCGUAUUGCAUGCGUAAUGUUGCCGGAUGAUGACCGUAUACCAUAUACGGACGCAUACAGCUGCCUCAUGUUUAUACUUGUAUGGACAAAGAUGGCGCAGUAGUUUUUCUUAUCUGUGGGCUUUAUGUACAGUACAAUUAUAAUGAUCUCCCCAUAAUAUUUUUUUUUUCUCUUCCCCCUUUUCUUUUUAACUGUGUAAAACUCAGAGCCGGGAACUCCGCUCCUCUUUGUUUGUUGUAUGCUGACUGUAAUUGUAAAAAAAUAAUACCACAUAUUUGCAUUUUCCUUUC